AUGACUCAUGGUCAAUCAAUUGAAAUUCUUGAAUCCGGACAAAUCUAUUCAUCAUCAAAAUCUAUUGGUACUAUUCUUUAUAUUAAUCUUUUCAAUCAUCUUCCUAUAUCAAUUCGAAUAUCAGGUGUAGUCGAACGUUGUUGUCUAUCUAUUGAUUAUUGUAUACCAGUACGUCUUCUUGGUGGUGAUUUUGGUGAAUGGAAAUCACAUAAAAAUCGAUCAAUGAUCUUUUUUUGGCCUGCUUUGGAAUGGAAAUAUAUAAAUGAUAAUUAUUUUUGUCAAGUAUCUUUAUUAUUUGGAUUUCGAAAUCAUAUGACACAUUUUAAAUUAAUAAAUAUUAAUAUAAAUUAUCUACCAAUAAAAAGACAACUCAAUGAAGAUGUAUUUCAAAUAAAUAAUUCAUCAUAUAAUAUAUAUCCAAAAUGUAAUCAUUAUCUUAAUAUUCGAACAAAUCAAUGUGAAAAUCUUGAUAAUCUUCAAAAGAAGUUUUCAUUUAAUUUUUCAUCAUCUUUUAUUCCAUUUAAUCAUCGAGAUUUAUCAACGAAAUGUAUACAUGGUAUUCAAUCACAUGAAUGUUAUUGUCAUAAAAAUUAUAUUUCUGUACCUAUUAAUCAAAAAUUGUAUCAUCCAAAAACUUAUAUUCAUCAACUUUGUACACAUCUAUCAAAUUAUAAAAAUUUAAAUUUAAAUUUAUUAAUAAUAAUUAAUUUCAGUCUAUUUAUUUUAUAUAUUAUUAUUUUAAUUAUUUCAUCUAUUUUUAUUUGUACAUAUUAUAGACAAAUAGAACAUGAAUAUAAACAAAAUUCAAUUGUAGAAUCAAAACUAAUGACAAAUCAACGAUUUUCUCUUAUUGAAAUUGCUUCUGAAUUACAGAUUAAUAAUAGUAAUAGUUGUACAUCGAUGUUAAUUCCAGAUUGA